GGCCACGCCACAGUGCUCGGUGCACACGACGGGACAGGACGCGCCAGAGCGGUGCUGUGAGGAGCCCCUGCACAGCACACUCAUUUGUGUCUGACCCGGAGCCUUUCUGAGCCCAUAUUCCUGCAGCUGACCUCAGGACCACACCACAGCACUUGGGGACUUGGAGCUUGUCCCAGGCAUCUCUAAUCCCUGCAGUCACUGCCCCUGAGGCCACACCACAAUCAGGAGACUCCUGUCCUUGUGGCAGGAGCCCUCAAGAGCCGAGUGCAGGACUUGCUGUCCUGUAGUCUUGCCAGGACUUGAGUCUUGCAGGUGCCUUCAAGGCACAUCUGCAGGACUUGCUGCCUCGGCACUUCUCCCAGGCAUCUCUCCUGCAGGUUCCCAGACAUCCAGUCACUGCCAUGGAGCGGCGACCCACCAGAGUGCCCAAGUUGGCCUGGGUUGAAGAGGAGGAGGAGGAAGAAGGCCCUGAAACUGCUCUAGAACAGGAGACUGAAGAGGUGCAGCUGUUCCAGCCACUGCAGGAGGAUGCAGCCAUGGACGGGACACAAGAGCAGGACACCGCCCGUGGCCGCUUCUGCAGAGCAGCACAGUUUCUUUACCAAUUCGUCAAGAGAAUUGGCAAGGAAGACACCAGUCCCAUGGACACUGAGGUCAAAGCAUCCUCAGAGGUCUUGGAAGAACAGAGCAGCGCUGCCCAGCUGGAUUUGCUUGUAGAGACGGCUCUUUUCAGUCCAGAGCAAGUGCCCACCGUGGUGAGGUACAUCCACCAGUGGCUCAUGGCCAAUGAGGCUGCUGAGCACAGGAUGGACUGGGCCCUGAUGCAAGUGGCCGAGGCAGAGCCCGAUGAUGUGGCCAUCACUCUCCUGCGGGUGGCCCCAACGUGUGACAGGGAUGGCCGGGGAGCAGCUGAGGGGGCAGCACGCAGAGCUCCAGGUCUUGUGCAGAGCCCUCAAAUGCCUGACAGAGGACAGAAGCUGUGCUGUGUCAGACCUGGCACUUGAAACGCUCUAUGUCCUCUGGGCCAUCCAGAGUGGCCGAUAUUCCAUUCUCCAGAGGAUGCAAGACCAAAUCCUCAGGGCAUGGAGGACACGGCCUCGUCUGUCGGGCCUGGGCUGGCUGCGCUGCUGGAGAUGUGCUCAGUGCUGAUUUUGGAGGCUCUGGCUACUGGAGCCACCUGGGCCAGCCAGGAUUUUUUA